AUGGUCUCCGGUUAUGCCAUCGCAACACUCGUCUUGUUCAUCCUCUCCAUCAUCUUCGUAAUCCAACCCGCAUAUAUCCCACUACCCCGAACCAGAUGGCGCAUACCCAUAAACCUCACCACCGCCCCCAUACUCGCCAUCGCCAUCCUCUGGGCUGCACAGUGCAUUGACCCGUAUGUCAUCCGCACCGGCAUUGUCGGCUCGGACGGCGUCAAGCCCUACAACAUCCUCAUCCUCUUCUUCUCCCUGGCGUACAUGGCCAUCACCCUCGACAUCACUGGCAUUCUCCAGUCCGCCGCCUUCUGGGUCAGCAAUAAAGGAGGUGACAACGGAUGGAGGCUCUACUUGUACUUCUACCUCAUGUUGACAUUCCUCAGCAUCUGUCUCGGAAACGAUCCCGUCAUCCUGUCAGGAACAGUCUUCUUGGUUUACUUCACCCAGGCCGCCAAUCUUAACCCGGAUGCAUGGUUAAUGUCAGAGUUUGCCGCUGCGAAUACGGCGAGUAUGGUGCUGUUUGUCGGGAACCCCACGAAUGUGGUCAUUUGCGAAGGAUUCAAUCUCAACAAUGCUGCUUUCACGGCUUACACCAUCCUUCCCUUCCUCGCCUGCAACUUCCUCUGCUUCCUUGCCCUCGCAGCACAGUUUCACGACAAGAAGUACCUCCCACGCACACUGCCGCACAAGGAAAUGCUCAACGUCCGUGCUGCGCUCAUUGAUCCCGUCAGCGCCGUCGUUGGAAGCGUGCUGCUAGGGUCGGCCCUGAUUAUCUGCAUUCUCACAAGCUUCUUCGGGGUGGAUGUUUGGGAAAUCAGUCUGCCGUUUGCGGUGGCCAAGUUUGUAUGGGAUAUCUGCUGGGAUUUCUACCGUGGCCAGACGGGCAAGCCCAUGCUUGGGCGUGGACUGCAGCCGGUCGACACGAAGGCGGCUCUGGUGCACGAUACCAAUAACGAUGAUGCCAAGGACGCCGAGAGUCGGCGCACGUCGCAGCCGCCAUCCGUGGAAAAGCCACCUAUCUCCGUAGCCAACGAUGAACAAGCAUCCGAGAAAGCGCCCAGCGACCGCUCGCCUACCGAUACCCUCGGAGAUGCUUCCAGAACCCGCACACUCGUUAACGAGAAGGGCGCCCCCCGUUCCACCUCACCUUCCCCCGCCCGCACCUCCGAAAAGACCGCCGCCGCCGACGAGCCCCAAACUCUCCUCGCCCGGACGAGCGCCCGGCUCGACGCGUGGUACGGGCGCGGGCUGUACCACUUCCCGACGUUCUUCACCGCGCUGCCGCGGCUGCCGUUCGCGCUCGUGCCAUUCGCGUUCUCGCAGUUCAUCCUCAUCGAGGCGCUCGCGCACCAGGGCUGGAUCGAGAUCUUUGCGCGCUGGCUCGUCAUCGCGUCCGAGCGGGAGAUGUACGCGGUCGUGUGGCUCGUGGGCGUGCUCGGCGUGCUGCUGUGCAAUUUCGCGGGGACGAACAUCGGGGCGACAAUUCUGCUCACGGAGAUCGUGCGCGCGGCGGAGCUCGAGCCGAGUGUGUUUCGGGGCGCGGCGAUUGCGCUUGCGGUCGCGAGCAAUAUUGGUGCGGUCAGUUUUACGUUCUCGGCGAGUCUGGCGGGGUUGUUGUGGCGCGGGAUUUUGGGGCAGAAGGGGAUCAAGUUUACGCAGCGGAGGUUUGCGGUGUGGAAUUUGUUUCCGCUGCUUGUGAUGACUAUUGCGGGUCUGGCGGUUGUGAGCGCGGAGAUGGCGGUGUUGUACUAGAGGGAGGGGGGAAAGGGGAGAUACCCAGGUAUACCACUGGGAUAGCAAGCAAGCAAGCACGUCAGGCCGUCAGCAGCUGCACCUUUGCAUUUUAUUCAUCUCCGGUGCCUGUUCGGCGUCAGAAUGUCUGCGCGCCAAGUCGCGCGUGUUGCAUGUCAGGAAUCGGGGGCUACUUUUAUACCGUCAUCAAGGGUCGCACGGGAGAUUACAUAGCGACUUCAUGGCGCUUACGAAGCUGGGAGGGGGAUUGCAUGCACACCAACUGUUCACUCUUGGGACAGAUGAAGAAGUGGAAACGGGUAAGGCGAGGAUGGUGGCGCGAUGAGCAGCUUUCACGCUCUGUACGGCUGUGUUCUUAACGAUACCCACA